AUGGCCGGAGUCGCGGAUAAGGCGAGGUUCUUCCUCGAACGCUCAGUGCCCCAGCUGCGAGAAUGGGAGGAAAAGUCGAUAUUUUCCAAGGACGAAAUCCGGUCAAUUGUCCAAAAGCGAAACGAUUUCGAACACAGGGUGCUGUCCCCUGGGAGCACUCCCUUGGAAUGGUCGUCCUACGCACAAUGGGAGCAAUCAGUCGAGUCUCUCCGCUCCAAGCGCUGCCAGCGUCUGAAACUGCGCAAUCUCAAUUCUGCGCACGCCGGCCAAGCUCGAGUGUUGUCAAUCUACGACAGGGGCGUUGGGAGGCAUCCCGCAAGUAGCGCGCUGUGGCGUGAAUAUCUUACGUAUAUGGCCAAGGUCAAUGCCGCAAAACGCUGGCGCAAGACCAUGACCAGGGCUCUUCGAAUGCUGCCCAAGGAUUCCGAGAUGUGGGUGAUGGCGGCAGACCGUUUCGCAAGUAACGGGGAUAUGGCAUCCGCAAGAAAUUGCUUCAUGAGAGGAUGCAGGUUCUGCUCUUCGGAUUGCACCCUGUGGCUCGAGUAUGCAAGAUGCGAGAUGAAGUGGCUGGACAAGAUUGAGAGAAAGAAGGCAAAGGGAGAAUCAGUACCGGCUCCACGCCCUAAAAAUGACGACGAUGAGCUCCUCUUGCUCGGCAGUGAUGAAGAGAACGAGGAUGAUGACUUGGCUCUUCCGGAGCCGUCAAAGGCACAGGCAAAGGUGAUUGACGAAAAGGCCACACAAGAGCUACAGUCAAACCCCGCCAUGAACGGCGCCAUCCCCAUGGCCAUUUUCGAUAUAUCACGGAGGCAGCCCUUUUUCAAGCCCGAAGUCGGAGAGCAGUUCUACAUGAUGUUUGUUUCGUUUAAGAAGCUCUCGGUUCAGCCGCGGAUAUCCCAGCACGUCCUGGACGCCCUUGAUGAGCACUAUCCUAACGAUCCUUCUACCUGCAACCUCCAUAUCAGACAGCCCCUUUUGGGGGUCUCGGCAUUCGCAGCAGAGUUCCCUCGAAACUUGGGUACAGUUUUGCAGCGGCUGGGAUCGUACCUGGAAACCACUACGAACAGAGCGGCGUUGGAGAAGAAGUCGAUUGCUUGGAUUGAUGAAUAUCUGCAGCUGGAGGGUCUGGACCAAGCUCUGAGGACGGUGUUGGAGCGUACUAAAGAGAAGCUGAAUGCGGGCGCAGCGAAUUAG